GGGGCGGGACCUCGCAGAAGAAGCUGCUGACGCGAUGUUGCCUCCCGUGGUACGGCUGGUGCGGCUAAAUCGGCUGCCCUACGCCGAGCUGCUGGCCCUGCAGGAGCGCUGGUUGCGACGACUGCAGGCCGAACCAGGCAGUGAGGCCCUGUCGGCGGCUGAGGCGGGCGCGCUCCUGCUCUGCGAGCCCGCGGGGCCCGUAUACACAUCUGGGCUGCGCGGCGGCCUGACGCCGGAGGAAACUGCGCGGCUGCGGGCCUUGGGCGCCGAGGUACGCGCCACAGGCCGCGGUGGCCUGGCCACUUUUCAUGGGCCGGGCCAGCUGCUCUGCCACUCGGUGCUAGAUCUGCGACGCCUGGGCCUGCGCCUGCGCACCCACGUGGCUGCGCUGGAGUCGUGCGCGGUGCGCGUGUGCGAGCUCCAGGGCUUGCGUGGAGCCCGCGCGCGGCCCCCACCCUACACCGGCGUCUGGCUGGGGGAGCGCAAAGUCUGCGCGAUCGGAGUCCGCUGUGGAAGGCACAUCACGUCCCACGGCCUGGCUCUGAACUGUUGUACAGACCUCGUGUGGUUUGAGCACAUCGUCCCCUGCGGGCUGGUUGGGACAGGCGUCACCUCUCUGAGUGAGGAACUCCAAAGGCACGUCAGUGUGGAUGAAGUAAUACCACCUUUCCUUGAGGCCUUUAGGGAGACCUACAAAUGCACAUUUAUCUCAGAGGACAGCCCCAACUAAAGGAUGUUCAUGUUAUCACAGCUGGGAGGUUGUGCUUGAAAAGCAUCAAGCCUGACUUGGAGUCACUGAAACCCAGAUUCUACACCUGGCCCUGUCAUUCACUCACCAUGAGACUAUGAACAAAUUAUGAGCCCUUAGCAUUGUUUCCAUAUGUGUCCUGGUUUAUUUAUAUCUUCUCAUCUACCUCAGAUAUAGUAGAUUUGAAAACAUUCUGAAAAGCAACACAUGCUAUAUAAAUGUAAGACAUUAGCACUGGUAUUGACACCAUUUUCUCAGCUUAGAGAAACUCAGACGUAAUCAGUUCUCAAAUAUUUAUUGCUUCCUAAAUACUGUAUUUAAUUGGACAAUUCUGAGAUCCAGUUCCUUUGACUUUAUAGGAAUCAUACCUCUGGAUAGCCCAGGUGAAGGUAAUGUGGUGGGGUGCUUUUUCAUUCUCAAGAGAUCUAGGUGCUUUCUGCAAAGGAAGGAAAAAAGGAAAGGGAUCUUUAAAGAACAAAAUGAGAUUUUGCCUUCCUGGGUUGGAUUCUCCAAGCCCAAUAGCUAUUUUUAGUUAGGUAACCUGAGCUAGACCAGAGCCAGGGAAAAGACCAGAGGAAUAUCUUACAUUAUACAAAUGUCAAAGGUAGAAGUAAGUUUUCCUUAAGUGAGAUCCCUCAAUUUAUAAAGCUGUGUAAUUAUUCAUUGCUAUGCAACAAAUCACCCCAAAAUUUAAUGGCUUAAAACAAUAAACAUUGUCUCAUAUAUAUUCUGUGGGUCAGGAAUUUGGGAGAAGCUUAGCUGGGUGGUUCUGGGUGGAGAUCUCUUAUGAGGUAUAGUCAAGAUGUCAGCUGGGGCAGCUAUCAUCUGAAGGCUUGACUGGGAUUGGAGGAUCACUUUCAAAGAUGGUUCACUCUGAUUCGUUGGUACUGGUUGUUGACAGGGGGCCUGGGUUCUUCACCAUGUGAGCCGCUCCAUAGAGCUGCUUUUUCUCCUGGAGCAAGUGAUGCCUGAAAGCGACAAGGUGGAAGCCAAAAUGUCUUAUGACCCAGUCUUGGAAGUUACAGAGUCAUUUCUACAGUCUUCUAAUACGGGAACCCUACUCAGUGUGGAAGGGACUGCACAGGGUGAUGGGAAAUAAAGAUCUUUAGGACUACCUUAGAGACUGGCUACCACAGGCAGUUAGGGUGGAAAGAUCCUUGAAUGAGAAGACAGGUGAUCCAGGUUGCUUUUUGUGCAAGUCGUUUACCCUCUCUGCACUUCAGUUUGCCCUACACAAGCACUAUUCGAUAGAAAUACAACGUGAGCCACAUUGUAAUUUUAUGUUUUCUAGUAGCCACAUUAAAAAGGAAAAAUAAACAGGUGACAUUAAUAAUACUUUAAUUAACCUAAUAGACCCCAGAUAUUGUCAGUAUAAAAAUGUUUUACAUUCCUUUUCUCCAUACUAUAUCCAGAUAUUCAGUGUGUAUUUUCCGCUUUAUAGCACAUCUCAUUUUGGAGUCAUCACACUUCGGCUCUUCAGUAGUCACAUGUGGCUAGAAGCUACCACACGGUAAAGUUCAGCUUUAGGUAAUAUGGUAUCUAAAGUCCUUUUUUGAGCUUCCAGUAUCCUGUGGCCCCACUGCCUUGGAGAAGAAAGAGGAGUUCUCCCACUUCUGGGGCACACAGUUUAUAUCAGUUAUUGAAGCUGGAAGAGAAUUUGGAGGUAUGUUCCUGUCUCGUCAUUGUACAGAGAUGAAACCAAGACUUUGGAAAAAACUUGCUCAAGACCACGCAGUAAGUUAAUCACAAAGCUAGGACUGGGUCCCAGAUAUAAGCCCAUUUCUCAUGCUCUUUUCCUGCUCUGCAUACUGACUUAGAGCUCAGGAUAAUAUGCUUUCCAUCAUGGACACUUGGUCAGUAUUCGUGGAUUGCUAGUUUGUCCACCCGUCAUUAACCUAUAUUCUUUCUAGGCCUUUUAUUUCCCUCCAUGGAGCCAACAGUACUGUUGUAGGAAUGUGGGAGGUGAGUAGUAGUUGAUAAUUACUUUGUAGUAUUACUGCCAAGAAGGAAAACAAUUAUUCCCGGGAAAAGUGGAGUUAGGUUCUCAUGAUUGGAAGGCUGUGCAUAGUGUUGCUCCCCAUCUAGUACUCGACUCCCCUCUCUAGCAACCCUAGCAACUGACCAUAAAGCCUGAUCUUGAAUACCUCCAGAGACUGGUAAAGAAACAUUCACUCCAUUUAUUUUUGAUACCAGGUACUGUGUUAGCCCUCUUAAGUACAUUCUCUCAUUUAGCAACUGGAUCACUGGGAAUCGUUCUGCAUGGUGUAGUGACUGAGUUACCUGGCCUUCCUGAGCCUCUGUUUCAUUAGGCUCAAGGCUUGGCACAGAAUAGACAGCGGGAAAUGUAUAGUAGUUAUUAAUGUUCACCAAAUAUUUCAGGCAGGGGGCACCUGGGUGACUCAGUUGAGUGCCCAACUUCAGCUCAGGUCAUGAUCUCACAGCUUGUGAGUUCGAG